GGAGAGACAGUCGAAUGCACGCAGCGGCUCUGGCAGCAGCGGCAACAGGCAAGUUCGCACCAGUGAGAUGGGCUUGGGAUCAGACAGCUCGGCUUCAGGUGCUUCGAAAGAAGCCCAACAAGUGGUGGAGCUGCAAGCGAAGAAUCAAGCGCUGGAAGCAGCUUUGCGGUCAAGGGAUGCUCAAGCAACGCAGAUGAUAGCGGACGUUGCGGACAUCGACGACUGGAAUCAAGAGAGGAUGACGAAGAUGGAGUCGCAGCUUGCAGAUGCAGUCAAGGCUAGGAAGAAAGCGGAAGACGAGCGUGAUGCCGUGGAAGUGAAGGCUGCCGGCGACAAGGCCAAGACUGCGUCGUCUCUGGCUGCCGCGAAUGCAGACCGGCUGGAGAUCCAAGACAGGGACCGAAAGAAUGAAGCAAAAGCUGCUGAGGCUCAAAUCGAACUCAAUGCAGCUCGAUGGGAUCUAAGCCAGUCAAAGCAGCGGGAACUCGUACAGACCGAGCAUCAGGAAAAGGCCAAGGAGCUAAGCGACUGUCGGAUUGAGGAGCUAGAGGGCUUGCUGGGUUCCGCAAACCAGGAGCUUGCGAAGCUCAGGCGGGACACUGCAAGUCUUGGGAGCACCGCAAGUGCGCGUGAGACGAGCCUUCAGGAUCAGAUAGACCUGCUCAUCGAGGAGAGGACGCAAAAUCGGAAAGACAUGAGCGAAGCUCGCUUGGAACUUCUCGGACUAAAGAAAAAGCAAGCGAUGCAAGCCAUUGACCAAGCAAAGUCUCCCUCAGAGUCGCGUCAGGCACAUCAGACAGCAGGAGCGGGAGGAGGAGCAGGAGGAGGAAGGUCACGAGGCAGGGGGCGAGGAAAGGGAGCAGGCAGGGGCAUGCUGGAGAUUAUAGAGGAAGAGGAGGAAGAAGGCUCUGUUGGGCUACCAGAACAUGCAGCAGAGUCCUUGGCCAGUGAGUGUAGCAGCGACUGUGGAGAUCUGGAUGACCUUACGAAUCCAGAUCAAUCUGCCCAGAAUGACCUGUUGGACAAGCUCUUGGCCGAGCUUACAAUUGAGCGGAAGGCAAAGCAAGACAUGCGUGAUGACCACGCUGGUCAGUAUGCCGAACAUGUGGAAGAGAUUGCUCAGUUGCAGAGGCAGCUUGCAGCCGCAGGAGUUCUUCAGGAAACAACUUCUGCAGAGAAUACCCGCUUGCAGAGCACUGGGAAACAGGAUAAGAUCAAGCAGUUGCAGCAGGUGGAUGACUUGCAAGUCAAAGUGAGAGAGCUAGAGGAGACGCUAUUUGUGGAAAUGAAGGUGCAGACGGACAAAGAGGAGCAGCAAGAAGUCACAAAUGCCGCGCUGCAGGAGAAAAUUCAGCUGCAAGCCGAGUCGCUCAGAAUCUCCAACCUGCGAUUGCAAGACGCAUUGCAGCAGCAGCAGUCAGAAGCAGUGCACCAGUUGCGGGAAAUGAACUCCUUGCGAUUGCAGCUUGCAGUGGAACGCAGGCGAAAUGCUGGAACAGAUGAGAUGCACGGUCAGGCCAAAGAGGACUCACCAGAGGAAUCCCUUUACAAGCGGAUAAAGGAGUUGGAAGAAGAGAGAAACCUUCUGCUGAGCAAGAUAGAGGUUCAGGAGGUGCAGCACCAGGUGCAGCUGGAAGACGCGUACCGUGUUCAUGCUUCCAGAUUGCAGGAGCAGCGAGUGAAGUUUGAAGAACAGAUCGCAGAGAUCCGGUCCCGGUAUGAGCAGUUACUCAGGGAGAGACCAGGUCCUUCAGAGGAUUUGCUUCGGGGCCUGGGCUUGUGGAGCAACUCAUCCAGCUUGAGUGCAGACGCUUCAAACCAGGGAAAGGAGUCUGGACAAGCUGCUGCAGACUGUGCAACCAGCGCAGUUGGCGCUGUAAGCGAUGCGAGCACCCCUGCAUCGCAGAGCACAGGCGGUACUGCUGGCACUUCCAUCUCGGAGCAGAUUCGCAGUAUGAUUUGGGCAGUACUUGGCCUCGUUCCUAACGCAGUCGCUGUGCAGUGUGCUUUUGAUGACCUGGUAAUCCAGAAGGCCACCGCUAGAGCAGGUGCCAUCUUCAGUGGGCUGGAUUUGAUGGGCAUGUCCUUCUUUUCUCUGCUCCGAGACAAAACCAAUGCAGCCGUGAUCAGACGAAUGAUGCUGGUGAACCAAUCCAUGGCCGAUAGCA